AUGAUGAGUACACCAAAUUUGAUAACCAUACCGGAUCGGUCGGGGCCAGGGAUAAAAACGGCCGCACCUGUCGUUGGCCUCCACCAGGGCGGAUCAGGCGAAAAGUGGGCUACUGGCGGGGAACAGGAACAAAAUCAGAGGAACAACCAACAUCUACGUAUUGCAAAACAAGAAGUCACCAUUGGUACAUGGAAUGUUAGAUCCUUAUCUGCAACAGGAAAGUUGAACGAGUUAGAACAUGAAAUGGGAAACUAUACAUGGAACAUUCUGGGCAUUGCGGAAAUGAGAUGGAUAGGAAAUGGUGAAAUUAUCUCGGAAGAUGGCCAUAAAGUAUGGUGGAGUGGUGACGAGAAGAAAUUAGGAGGAGUGGGAUUCAUCGUACAUCUUAAGAUUUUGAACACGGUGAUGGAAUGUGAACCGAUUUCAAACAGAGUCAUACGGAUCAGAAUACGGGCAGCUCCACGAAACCUGUCAGUUAUACAAGUAUAUGCUCCAACUUCAGAUUGCAAUGAAGAUGAACUUGAAAUGUUCUACCAUCAGCUUGAAGCAACAUUGAAAAACAUCCCCAAGAAGGAUAUCUUCAUCGUGAUGGGAGAUUGGAAUGCUAAGAUAGGAUCAGAUGCACAUGCAGAAUGGCCUGGAACGGCUUGA